AUGAUGAAGUUCUGGUGGGGUCAGAGGGUGAAUGAAAGAAAGCUUCAAUGGAUUAAGUGGGACACUGUGUGCAGAAAUAAAGAUCAGGGAGGAUUGGGUUUCAAAGACUUGAAAGCCUUUAAUUUGGCAAUGUUGGAAAAGAAAAGUUGGAGGAUACUAAAGAAAUUUGAUUCUUUGCUAUACCGAGUUUACAAAGCCAAAUACUUUCCCUAUUCCCCCUUCAUGAAUGCUCAGAUUGGUCAGAACCCCUCUUGGACUUGGAGGAGCAUUCUUGAAGGCAGAAACAUGCUCAAAAAAGGUUUGAAAUGGCAAAUUGGACAAGGUACUCAAGUCCGUAUCUAUAAGGAUAUUUGGAAAACAAUAAAGGCAGAAUUCAGAGAGAAUCGAUGA